GGCGGCGGGGACCAUGCCGAGGAAAGUCUCCUGAGCCCGGCAACUUCGGCCCCUCCCCGCCCCCACCCGGGCUGCCCUCCGCGCGGCCCUGCCCUGCCCAUGUGCAGCCGGCCGGCCGGGCUCUCCUCGCAGGCGGAUGGGUGACCUUUUCCUGGCACGGGCAGGCUGUGCGAGGCGGCGGAGCAGGCGAUGAAGAAGAAGCAGCAGCAUCCCGGCGGCGGCGCGGAUCCCUGGCCCCAUGGGGCCCCUCUGGGGGGCGCCCCUCCCGGCCUGGGCAGCUGGAAGCGCCGGGUCUCCCUGCUGCCUUUCCUGCGCUUCUCCCUCCGGGACUACGGCUUCUGCAUGGCCACCCUGCUGGUCUUCUGCCUGGGCUCCCUCUUCUAUCAGCUCAGCGGGGGACCCCCUCGCUUCCUGCUCGACCUGCGGCAGUAUUUGGGAAAUUCCACUUACUUGGAUGAUCAUGGACCACCUCCUAGUAAGGUGCUACCUUUCCCCAGCCAGGUGGUCUACAACAGAGUAGGCAAGUGUGGGAGUCGUACUGUGGUCUUGCUUCUGAGAAUCUUGUCGGAAAAGCAUGGAUUCAAUUUGGUCACGUCAGACAUUCACAACAAAACCAGGCUUACUAAAAAUGAACAAAUGGAACUGAUUAAAAAUAUAAGUACUGCCGAACAGCCCUAUUUAUUCACUCGACAUGUUCAUUUCCUCAACUUCUCAAGGUUUGGAGGAGACCAGCCUGUCUACAUCAACAUCAUUAGAGACCCCGUCAACCGGUUUUUAUCUAACUAUUUUUUCCGUCGAUUUGGAGACUGGAGAGGGGAACAGAAUCACAUGAUCCGCACCCCCAGCAUGAGGCAGGAGGAGCGCUACCUGGAUAUCAAUGAGUGCAUUCUUGAAAACUAUCCUGAGUGUUCCAACCCCAGAUUAUUUUACAUCAUUCCGUAUUUUUGUGGACAGCAUCCCAGAUGCAGGGAGCCUGGUGAAUGGGCCCUUGAAAGAGCAAAACUGAACGUGAAUGAAAACUUCCUGCUUGUGGGGAUUCUCGAAGAGUUGGAAGACGUGCUGCUUUUACUGGAAAGAUUUUUACCUCAUUACUUCAAGGGUGUGCUUAGUAUCUACAAAGACCCAGAGCAUAGGAAACUUGGAAAUAUGACUGUGACCGUGAAGAAGACUGUCCCCUCCCCCGAGGCCGUGCAGAUUCUCUACCAGCGAAUGAGAUACGAGUAUGAGUUCUACCACUACGUCAAAGAGCAGUUCCACCUGCUUAAGCGCAAGUUUGGACUGAAGUCCCACGUCAGCAGGCCUCCUCUGAGGCCCCAGUUCUUUAUUCCAACCCCACUGGAAACCGAGGAGCCGAUCGAUGAUGAGGAGCAAGAUGACGAGAAGUGGCUAGAAGAUAUUUAUAAGAGGUGAUGCCAGCACUGUGUUGCCUCCACUGGCUGUAUCUCCCUUUUCCAGAAAGUUCUUUUGUGGGGGGAAGAAAUAUCCUUAAGGGACUAAGUUAAUGCUCAGCUGCAUUAAAAAGAACAAAACAUUCCCACAUGUUGGGGUCAUUGGGAGAUGCCCGGUUUUGCGGGUCUUACUUGUCUAACUGCAUUGUGUCUUCCUGGCUCCUUGGGUCCUUUCCCAGGUACACUAGAUGGGACCAUCACGGGGCAGCCCAUCAUAACAUAGCUUUUCCCUCGAGCGUAAUGAGAGGAGGGGGAGAAAUAGAGCCCACGGCCCAGUAACUUAUCAUUUGUAAAAUGACUUGUAAAAAUAUUACCUCAGCGGUAGGAAACAUCCAGACUUAUCUAUUUCAGUAGAAAUGCAAAACCACUUCAGAGACCAGGGAAUCCACUCCAGAAGGAUCUAAGAGGAGAAGCUAAUACUGAUAAGGACCUCAAAAGGGAGGAUGCCCCUGGAUGAGUGGUUUCCACCCCCCAAGGGUAGAAUUCUGCCUCUGGUUGGUCUCAGGGGACACUUUGACCAACAGCAGCAUACUUAUCUCUGAAAGAGCGGGAGUUGGUGCCACACCCCCAACCCAUCCAGAGCCUUGAGUACCUUUCAAGGUCAAGAUGCGCGGCAAACUCCAUUGAGACACUCCCUUUCCAAGCACCAUUCUGACAGAUCUCAAAGUAGCACAGCAGGGAAAAGAAUUUGUUUGCUGUGUAAGGAAGAGUGGAGGUGAGACAGAGCAACUCUGGAGGUCACGUGACAUCAGGAAACCGGUGUGGUUGUGUUCUUUGCACCCAAUAUGAAACAUCUCUCUCCCCAGCAUUGCUUUCACUGGAAACCCAGGAACCAGUUUAGCUCUGGCAUUGGACUGCUGUGGGCAGAAGUUCUAAGCCUGACCACAGACGAUGCAUAAUCUACCAGGCACACCCCUGGCCCAGUUGGGUCCCACAGUCACUGGCAUCUUUCACCUUUGGUCCCUUGAGAGGUAUCUGGUUUUGGUUAAAAAAAA